CGGUCCCCGAGGGCGCGCGCGGGAGGGCGCGCGCGGGAGGGCGGGGGGACGUCGCCGAGGACCCCGCUGGCCGUGAGCAUGAUUCACGAGCUGCUGCUGGCGCUCAGCGGGUACCCGGGCUCCGUCUUCGCCUGGAACAAGCGGAGCGGCCUGCAGGUGUCCCAGGACUUCCCAUUUCUCCACCCAAGUGAGACCAGUGUUCUGAAUCGCCUCUGCCGACUCGGCACAGACUAUAUUCGCUUCACCGAGUUCAUUGAGCAGCACACAGGCCAUGUGCAGCAACAGGAUCACCAUCCAUCUCAGCAAGGCCAAGGUGGGUUACAUGGAAUCUACCUUAGGGCUUUCUGCACAGGACUCGAUUCAGUUUUGCAGCCCUAUCGCCAAGCACUGCUUGAUUUGGAGCAAGAGUUCCUGGCUGACCCUCAUCUCCCCAUAUCACACGUCAAUUACUCUUUGGAUCAGUUCCAGCUCCUUUUUCCUUCUGUGACAGUUGUAGUAGAGCAAAUUAAGAGUCAAAAGAUUCAUGGUUGUCAAAUCCUGGAAACAGUCUACAAACACAGCUGCGGUGGUUUGCCUCCUGUUCGAAGUGCACUAGAAAAAAUCCUGGCCGUGUGUCACGGGGUCAUGUAUAAACAGCUCUCAGCCUGGAUGUUGCACGGUCUCCUCUUGGACCAGCAUGAAGAGUUCUUCAUCAAGCAGGGUCCAUCUUCAGGCAAUAUCAGUGCCCAGCCAGAAGAGGACGAAGAGGAUCUGGGCAUUGGAGGACUGACAGGAAAACAACUAAGAGAACUCCAAGACUUGCGUCUGAUGGAAGAGGAAAACAUGCUGGCCCCUUCUCUGAAGCAGUUUUCCCUGCGGGUGGAGAUUCUGCCAUCCUACAUUCCUGUGAGGGUUGCUGAAAAAAUUCUCUUCGUUGGAGAAUCUGUCCAGAUGUUUGAGAAUCAAAAUGUGAGCCUCACUAGAAAAGGAUCCAUUUUGAAGAACCAGGAGGACACAUUUGCAGCAGAGCUGCACCGGCUCAAGCAGCAGCCUCUCUUCAGCCUGGUCGACUUUGAGCAGGUGGUGGAUCGUAUUCGUAGUACUGUAGCUGAGCAUCUCUGGAAGCUGAUGGUAGAAGAGUCAGAUUUACUGGGUCAACUGAAGAUCAUUAAAGACUUUUACCUUUUGGGACGAGGAGAACUGUUUCAGGCCUUCAUUGACACAGCUCAGCACAUGUUGAAGACACCACCUGCCGCAGUCACUGAGCAUGAUGUAAAUGUGGCCUUUCAACAGUCCGCACACAAGGUGCUGCUGGAUGAUGACAACUUGCUCCCUCUGCUGCACUUGACAAUUGAGUAUCAUGGAAAGGAACACAAAGGAGAUGCUACUCAGACAAGAGAAGGCCCUUCUCGAGAAACCUCCCCCCGGGAAGCUCCUGCAUCUGGCUGGGCAGCUCUAGGUCUUUCCUACAAAGUACAGUGGCCUCUACACAUACUCUUCACCCCAGCUGUCCUAGAAAAGUACAAUGUUGUUUUUAAGUACUUACUGAGUGUGCGCCGGGCCCAGGCUGAACUGCAGCACUGCUGGGCUGUACAAAUGCAGCGCAAGCACCUCAAGUCCAGCCAGACCGACGCCGUCAAGUGGCGCCUAAGGAACCACAUGGCCUUCUUAGUGGACAACCUUCAGUACUAUCUGCAGGUAGAUGUUCUGGAGUCUCAGUUCUCACAGUUGCUUCAUCAAAUCAACUCUACCCGAGACUUUGAAAGCAUCCGCCUGGCUCAUGACCACUUCCUCAGCAACUUGCUGGCUCAGUCCUUUAUCUUGCUGAAACCUGUAUUUCACUGCUUGAAUGAAAUCCUAGAUCUCUGUCACAGUUUUUGUUCGCUGGUCAGCCAGAAUCUGGGCCCGCUGGAUGAGCGCGGGGCUGCGCAACUGGGCAUUCUUGUGAAGGGCUUCAGCCGCCAGUCUUCACUCCUAUUCAAGAUUCUCUCCAGUGUUCGCAAUCAUCAAAUCAACUCAGAUUUGGCUCAACUACUCUUACGAUUAGAUUACAACAAAUACUAUACCCAAGCUGGAGGAACUCUGGGCAGUUUUGGGAUGUGAACAUUUCUGGCUCAUAAACUGAAGUCUCACCACAUUCCCGAGUCUGUAACAGAAGAUUCAAACAAACAUCUCAAUCCUCCAGCAACUCACCAAAUGCCUACAGCCUGGUGAGAGUUCUACCUUUUCUCCUAGAAGCCAUGCAAGCCAUGCAGAAGUACAAAUCCUUCCAUCACUCCCAGGGGAAGGUAACGGCUGCUCCUUAGAGAUUCUUUUUCACCAAGAGAACCUGUGGGUCAGUCAGCUGUCCCUUGCUGACCAUGCAGGGGCCCUGAUCCUUUACAGUGAGACUGCUGUAUGCUCAUUUUAGGCAAUAGCAAUUUACCACUCAAGAUGUGAAAGGUACUUCAUAAACAGUAGAGAUAAUGAAUUAAAUAUAUUUGAUUCAGUUUAUGAAAAAAUAAAGUUGUUUAUAAAUAAGUCAGCCGCUAGAUUUUACUUACCAACCAAAUAAAGGCUUUCCCCUCUGCCCACCAA